AUGCCAUCAUCUAUAAUCUCCCAACCACAUCCUAUCCUCCUCCUCCCCGUCCUCUCUUUCCUUUCCCUUCUUGCCAUUACCUUCUCCUCAUCCGAUGAUCCCUCAAUCAAUUGCUCUUCUUCCUCCACCUGCGGCGGCGUCAGCAUCUCCUAUCCGUUCUGGCGCUCCGACGGUCCUCCGUCUUUCUCCGCCGUCCACUGCGGCUACCCCGGAUUCGGGAUCGCCUGCGAAGAAGACAAGCAGCAGCCUAUCCUCCAGAUCGGUUCCGGCCACUACUACAAGGUCACCAAUAUCGAUUACGCCAACGGCACCAUCAACCUCACCGACAUGGAUGUCGUCCUAGCGACCCCCGACACGAUUCGGUGCCCGAGAUCCCUCCGCAACUUCACGUUCUCCAGCGACGUCGCCUCUUCGCUGAAUUACACCGGCGCGGACGCCAACCUCACCUUCUUCUUCGGCUGCUCCGUCGGCGACCCCAGCCAGUGGAAUGAUUUUCCGCAGCAGAACGUGAUUCCCUGCGUCAGCUACGGGGACAAGAGCUCCUUCGUCUUCCCCAGUAACGGAGUUCCACAUGAAAUUCGGGGCGUCACGUGCGAGGACGUAGUGGUGGCGCCGGUGCUGCGUCAUUUCAUUUGGGACCCCCUCGGGGAUCCUGCGAGUGUUUUCAGCGAUGCGCUGAAUUACGGGUUCCAGCUGUCCUGGAUUGCGGGCGCUCCGAAAGGGUGCGGGGAAUGCGAGCGCUCCGGCAGGCUCUGCUGCUUCGACCAGACGCACAGUUCUGGCCGCACCUUCUGCUCCAACGGGACGCGAGACGGCGAUUGCCCUGGUUAUCAGAGUUCAAAGCAGAGUUGGAGAAAAGCUGAGUCUGCCUUAGACCUCAGUUCGACAUAUCGUAUUGAGGAAGAAUCCGAUUAA